UUUUAACAUUAAAUAAUACAUAAGAGGCCAAUGGGGUUUCUCUUUGAUACAAGAUAUAAGGCUCGUUCGUUCCUCUUACGACUAAAACGAAAGAACGUGUUUCUUCCCAAAGGUCUCAAUAACACCUAUAUUAAGAGACCCAAGGGAGAUCGUUCAAUCCAUCGCAAAUCCGCUUGUAUCCUUAGAGAAUCCAACGACAUCAUGGCUUCAUCAUCUUCGUCAUCAAAGUUUGGUUUCUCCUCAACCGCAUCUACUGUUACCCCAUACAAUUAUGGGAUAGAACCUCUAAAUGGUACAAACUUUUCAACAUGGAGAGAAUCUAUAAAACUCUCACUUGGCAUGAUGGAUCUCGACCAAGCACUGAGAAUGGAUCCACCAGGUGCUCCUAAUGAUGAAAGCACUGUGGAACAGAAGCGUUCUUAUGAACAGUGGGAGAGGUCCAACCGAAUGUGCCUCAUGGUGAUUAAGAAUUCCAUAUCUGUAGCCAUUCGCGGAGCCAUUCCUGACUCUGAAAAUGCGAAGACCUACCUAGAAUAUGUGGAAGAACAAUUUAAGGGCACUUCUAAAGCACAUGCCAGUACCCUAAUUCUCAAAAUGUUGACGAGUAAGUAUGAUGGAGUAAGUGGUAUUCGUGAGCACAUCAUGAAAAUGUCUGAUAUGUCUAACAAGCUCAAAAGUAUGGACAUGGAGAUCAGUGAAGGUUUCCUCGUUCAUUUCAUAAUGACUUCUCUACCUGCGUCUUAUGGUCCAUUCAAGAUCAAUUACAACACGCAGAAAGAGAAGUGGACAAUGAGCGAGUUGAUUGCUAUGUGUGUUCAAGAAGAAGAGCGCCUUAAAGCUGAAAGACCAGAUGUUUCUCAUCUCACCACCACAAACUCAAAGAAAAGGAAAGGCAACCGUCAAGGAGGAGGAAAAGGUAACAUUUCUAAGGUCCCAAAGAUAGGUGCAAGCGUGAACUCUGAUCCCUACUGUAAGUUUUGCCGUUUCAAAGGGCAUUACCAGAGGGAGUGUCCUAAGUUUAAGGCAUGGUUGACUAAGAAAGGGAUUCCAUUCAAUCCGGACAUUGGGAAGAAAGCAAAGAGUGAUUAAGGUGGGCAACGGAGAAGAAUUAGAAGUGGAGGCCAUUGGAACUAUCUCACUAAUUUUAGAGAAUGGCUUCAUUCUUCGUCUUCAUGAUGCUCUUUAUGUACCUAAUAUUACUCGUAAUUUAGUGUCUGUAUCGAAACUAAGUGCUGAUGGUUUUACAUUUAAUUUCGUAUACAAUAAAGUGACAAUAAGCUUGAACUCAAAUGUAAUAGGAUUUGGUAGCAUGGAGGGAAACCUCUAUAAGUUAUGCUUAGACACUAAUUUUAUGGAAUCC